AUGCAUCUCACAUUCGAGCUGAGGGAUCAGCUCCUCCUCCACUGUACUCCUCCACUCACAUUCGCUUCUAUUCCCCGGCAGACUGUGUGCGUGCUUGGAUUGGCCCUGUCCGUGGCGCUGGCCAUACCCAUUGAUCCUUAUGGCCCGUCGCUGCUUGCGUCGCCGGCCAUUUCCUAUGCGGCGCCCAAGCUCCUGGCCACGCCCACCCUGGUGCAGCAUGCAGCGCCCACCUAUAUAGCCGCCCCGGCACCUGCCUUGGCGGUGGCCAAGGUAGCCGUGCCGGAGCCCUACGAUCCGAAUCCACAGUAUAGCUUCUCGUACGGCGUCACCGAUCACCACACGGGCGACUCCAAGCAGCAGGAGGAGUCCCUGGUCAAUGGCGUCGUCCAUGGCAGCUACUCCCUGGCCGAGCCGGAUGGCACCAUACGCAAGGUAACCUACACCGCGGACAAAGUGAACGGCUUCAAUGCGGUUGUCGAGAAGAAGGGCGUGGCCGUUGUCGCCAAGCCCGCUUUGGCCGUUGCCAAGGUGGCGCUGCCCACGCUCACCAAGAUUGGAUACGCUGCGCCCGCCUACGGCGGCUCCGGCUACGGCGGACACUACUAGACGACGCCGGGUGUCCACGUUUGACGCCCAACUCAGCCCCGACCGUUGUUGAAUAGUUCUAGUAUUACAUACAAUUCCGCUUCCAAAACCAUCCGAAACACAAAAAUGACGUGCGUGCUGUUUGUCCUCCAUUCAAAGCCAACUCCGUGGACCUCAUGUGGACCAUCUAGCUUCUAGGGAUACCGUUUCUAGGGGAUUUCGGGAAACGGCUAUCGGCCAUUUAUCUAGUGAUUUAUUAAAUGCAUCUACUGAAUAAAA